AUGAGACAGGCUCCACGACCGGGGAAACAAUACAGCUCCGCAUCCUCUUCGAAGAACACGGAUUCGAUCCCAUCGAAUAUACCAGCUGACACCACCUUCGCGGGAGCACCGCGAGGCGAGUCCUUCUCCAUCGAGUCCAUGGGGGAGAUCGUACCGCACGUCGAGCGCACAAAGUUCAGCAUCAAGGACGGUUCGGUCUUCGUUCAGUGGCCGGGAUUGGUGAAAGCACUGGAGGUCGACGGUGUCAGGGUUGCGCAACCCGCCUUUACGGCACCCGAUUUCCUCCACACGGCUCGGAAGAGAGGUCAAGCGCUGCCUCGGGCUGGUUUGGAUAGGCAGGAUUCCGGCUUCGGCUCAUUCUCGCGGGCACUCAGACGAGACAACUUGGUGCCAAGCUGA